UCGCAAAGUGAGCGUAUUGCCCAGUUCCCAUUUUGCUGUCCGCAGCUAACUUAGGGUAGACUCCGGCGGACCAUAUCGAGGCGGAGCCCGCAAUUAUCUUGAUGGCGGCGUGCACGCCUGACCCGCCAGCAUUUCACCUCCACCGAUGCCUUCCAUCUUCCUUCGCAGACUCAACACAAUCCAUAUACAGUCUGGUGUAAUUGAUCGUGUGUCUUUCUGUCAAUCCUGGCCCUCUUGUAGAACAUUCGCCAUUAUGGCCAGCAAAGCAUCUGCACAGCGGCCUGCCGACUUCGUCGACUUCCUCAAUGCAUCUCCCACACCAUUCCACGCGGUCCGGUCAGCGAAGGAGCGUCUAGAGAAAGCCGGCUUCAAGCCCAUUAGAGAACGCGAUUCCUGGAAUGCCACCCUCCAACCAGGCGGCAAAUACUACCUCACCCGCAACACCUCCACCAUCGUAGCAUUCGCCAUCGGGACAGAAUGGAAGCCCGGCAACCCAAUCGCCAUGGUUGGCGCCCACACCGACUCGCCCUGCUUGCGCAUCAAGCCCGUAUCAAAGCGAUCCGCUGAAGGCUUCCUGCAAGUCGGUGUUGAGACAUACGGUGGUGGCAUGUGGCAUUCGUGGUUCGACCGUGAUUUGGGAGUGGCUGGAAGAGUAAUGGUAAAAGGCAAAGACGGCGUGGUGGAGCAGAAGCUGGUCAGGAUACACAAGCCCAUAGCCAGGAUUCCAAAUUUGGCUGUACACUUUGGCGGAUACGAACCAUUCACAUUCAACAAGGAGACACAAUUGUUCCCGGUCUUGGGUCUGAUAUCCGCGGAGCUCAACAGGACGGGCAAGUCGAAGGACGAAUUGAAGAAAGAGGCGGAUGAGGAGGAGAAGGCUGCUGGGUUCGAGCCUCUCAAGACAGCGACACAGAGACAUCACCCAUAUCUGAUCUCUUUGAUCGCUCAAGAUGCAGGCGUGGAUGCACAAGAUGUGCUGGACUUCGAGCUCGUGCUGUACGACAUGCAACCCGCGACCAUCGGCGGCAUCAACGAUGAAUUCGUUUUCUCUGCUCGUCUGGACAAUUUGGGCAUGACAUACUGCGCCGUUGAAGGUCUCAUUCAAUCAGUCGCCUCAGCUUCCGCACUCAAGGGUGACCCGACGAUUCGCCUCAUCGCAUGCUUCGACCACGAGGAGAUCGGCUCACAAUCCGCUCAAGGCGCAGAUUCGAAUAUGCUCCCAUCUGUGAUUAGACGUUUGUCCGUCCUUCCCGCUUCAUCAUCUGACAGUGAGAAGAGCUACGACAAAGUCAGCAACGGUGAAUCUGCCGACACGAGCACUGCAUACGAGCAGACCUUAUCAACCAGCUUCCUUGUCAGCGCAGACAUGGCGCACUCCGUAAACCCGAACUAUGGCGGAAACUACGAACCAGAGCACCGACCGCACAUGAACGAGGGAACCGUCAUCAAGAUCAACGCCAAUGUACGCUACGCCACUAACUCGCCUGGUAUCGUCCUGCUCCAGGAGUGCGCCAAACGAGCCAAGCCCACUUCAUGGCAACUACCAGAGGCCAAGACGAAGGACGGCGGUGUUCCUCUGCAAUUGUUCGUCGUGAGAAACGACUCUCGGUGUGGUAGCACCAUCGGCCCCAUGCUGAGCGCCGCCUUGGGCGCCAGGACGAUUGAUGUGGGUAACCCACAGCUCAGCAUGCACUCCAUCCGUGAGACAGGAGGUGCAUAUGAUGCGGAGCACGGCGUGAACUUGUUCGACAGCUUCUUUGAGCAUUAUGGGGAGCUGGAGAGUAAGAUUCUGGUUGAUUGACUAGAUGAUGGCAGUGAGAAGGCGAGGCUGUAAGAGUCUAGGCUCUUCAGCAUGGGCGAUGACGUUGCGGUCUGUGGUGGUGAUCCGGCUAGGUAGCACCAUGUACGUAGCUCCUCCAUGGGUCUCUUACGCUUACGACUCAUGUGCUAUGAACACGUCGCUUUUGCGAGGGGGGAGGAGAGA